AAGCUCCAGCCUCUACUGGAUCAGAGCCCUGGGCUCCCCUGAGCCCCAACGGGUGAGGCCUGGCUUACCUGUGCGGUGCGGGCUGCUGGCGGAAAGAGCAGGGCGUGCCUGCCUGCACAGUGGUCCCGCCAUCCGCGGGGCCCCACGCCUGCGGGGCCUGCUGCACGGUGCCCGGCGGCGGGCCUGAAACCCAAGCUGAGAAGACAUCAAUCAUUCAUGGGGCUGCUCGCUGGGAAACCCUAACCCCGGCUUAGCAGAGCCGAGUGACCAGCCAGGCCACCCCAUCCCUGACAGCCAGAUGGCUACAACUUUCUCACCCUGCUGCCUCCGGGCAGGCUCUGGGUCCCCCCCCCAGCCCAUGGUCCACCUCCUCUGAUAUCUCCCCCAUGUCCCUCACUCUGGCAUCAAGGCCUCUGCGAUCUGGCCUCGCUUCCUCAAUUUCACACACCCUCCACUCCGGCCACGAUGUACUCCCCUGAGGGGCUGCAGUGGGCAACUCGUCCUAUCCUUUCCCACCUCCCAGCUUUUGCCCACACUCUGCCUCCUGACAUGACUUCCCUUGUCCUCUCUUAGCUAAGUCCGCCCACGUCAUGCAACUGGAGUUGGGGACUGGAGUCGAGAACAAAGAGGUCCCGACUCUUUAGCAAUAUGGUCCCCGUUUUAUAGAUAAGGCGACUGAGAGGUGAAAUUGCUGGGCCUCCCAGCUCAUGAGUGGCAGAGCCAGAGUCCAAUGCUCCUUGUGACCCCGUGUCCUGGCACCGCUGUGGCUGAGGACAGUUCUCUUCACGCAUCUGGCUCUGCCCCCAGGCAGAAGGCUGGGAUUAGGGCCUGGGCUGCCUGCCUCACUUACCCUAAUCCCCCUCAAGUCUCAUCCCAGGCCAUCAGCUCUCACCGUAGGGGUGCAUAAGCAGCUUUAUGGUUCCUGAGAACCAAGGGUGCUCCCUGGAACUGCAUCUCUGAGCCCCGUUGUCCCUCCCCACAUGGCCACAGACCAGGCGAGGGGGCAGCAUGGCCCAGACCAGGCCCCCGGCCCUCAGAAGCCUCCUGUGGGGGUCGGGUCUUCCAGGAGUGGUGCUGAGGGCCUCCCCUUGACCAGGAAGAGGAGCAAGAAGGAGAGGGGGCUCCGAGGGUCACGGAAGGGUGCUGACGGUUCUCAGGAACAGACCCCCAUCCCGGGCCCCGAGGCCCCAGGGAGCAGCAAGAACCCCUCUGGGACUGGAGAAGGACAGGGGGAGACAGGUCCUGCAGCCUCUGAGCCAGCCUCCCGUCGCCAGUCCCACCGGCAUCGCCCCAUCCCCCAGCACGAUGCUGCUCAGAAGACCUACGGGCCCCUACUCAAUCGCAUCUUCGGGAAGGACCGCGAGCUGGGCCCUGAGGAGCUGGAUGAGCUGCAGGCCGCCUUCCAGGAGUUUGACACUGACUGUGAUGGAUACAUCGGCUACCGGGACCUGGGUGCCUGCAUGCGGACUCUGGGCUACAUGCCCACCGAGAUGGAGCUCAUCGAGGUUUCCCAGCACGUCAAGAUGCGGAUGGGUGGCCGCGUGGACUUCGAGGAGUUUGUGGAAUUGAUGAGCCCAAAGCUGAGGGAGGAGACGGCGCACAUGUUGGGGGUGCGGGAGCUGCGCAUCGCCUUCCGAGAGUUCGACAGGGACAGAGAUGGACGGAUCACAGUGGCAGAGCUGCGACAGGCAGCCCCGGCUCUGCUGGGGGAGCCACUGGUGGGUCCUGAGCUGGACGAGAUGCUCCGAGACGUGGACCUCAAUGGGGAUGGCACCGUAGACUUUGAUGAAUUUGUGAUGAUGCUUCUCACCCACUGAGGCUCCAGAAGGGAGAAUGUGUUGCCCCUCUGGCCCCAGGACAGCAGGGUUCAUGCUGUACACCCUCCCCACGAAGCCCCAGAAUGGAAGAGACCCAGCAGCUCCCAGGCUUCUUCAGAACCUUGACAACAUCUGGCUGGAGAGUUGCCUUGUGAUGUCACCCACCCACCUGCAUCCUCACCUUCCUCCCACCUGAGCUGCCUGGAGGAAACCUGCAUCCAGUGGCCUAUCAUUCUCCAGUAUGAGCAAGAUUUGGAUCUCUCCAGACCCUUGGGAGGUAGCAAGCUCCCUGGUGCUAUAGCAUUCAAAGACAGGGGGACAGAGUUGGGGGGAUUCUGGCAACAUGGCGAAUGGGGAGGGUGGCUGGGUGCCUCCCACUACUUGUGUAAAAAUGUUAAAAAGAAAAAAAAAAGCUUAACUUGAAAGAAAGCCAGGGAUAACCCCCGGUACUAAAGACAAAGCAAGAACUCAGAGCUGGGUGGGGGGAGAGAGGGGACACCAUGGGGGCCUCAGCCAUGGAGAGGUUCGGGAGCCUGGGCUCUGACACUUAUGAGUGACAGAAGACCUGUGAGAGGCUGAGGAACAGAACAUGAGCCCGAGUACCUUCCAGGAUCUCAAAGGGCUACCCUGGUCUUGAAAAGGGGAUCAAAAUAUAUUUCCACCUACUGGCCUGAGGAAAUGGCAAGGGUACAGGUGUCCAGGGCCUUGAGUGGAAAAAGCUGCCCUAAGGAACCUGAAACUCAGGCUUGCACAUUAGGCAGGAAGGCUGAAGAAAUAGGGAAAAACUACUGGAAGGGCAGUCUUCAACCCAGGACACAAUGGACUUAAACAAACAACCCUGUCACUUCUGAAGAUGAACUCAUGAUAAAAAUUACAAAUCACGUAAGAAAACAAGUCACCAUGGGGGGGACUAGGCAGAUGCAACAAACAGGAGAAUCAGCACCCCAAAAUAUAAUAGGACAAUCUGAAAGGGACCAUAAAGUAAAUGCAAACAAAAAUGAGAUAAAAGAAGGGAGAGAGGCCAAUAUGGCCAAUAUGCAGUAGCAGGAUAGUCUGAAACAGAACAGGAAGAUUAAAAAGAAAGACCCAAUAGAACUUCUAAAAAUAAAGGAUAUAGCCAUUGGAAUGAAAAAAAAAAAAUCAAGGGAUAAGUUAAACAGCAGAUUAGACACAAUUCAAGAGAAGAUUAAUGAACUGGAAGCUACAUCUGAGAAAUCACCCAUAAGGUAGCACCGAGGGAUAAACUAAUGGAAAAUAUUACAGAGUGGUUAAAAGUCAUUAGGAGUCUCCAAAGGAGAAAUUACACAGAGUGGGCAGGAGGCAAUACUCAAAGACAUGAUAGCUGAAACUUUUCCAUAAAGGCUUCCACAAAGACAAGCACCCAGAUCAAAGGUACCCACUAGAGCCUGGGAAGGAGAAAUAAAAACAAAUGCAUAUCUAGAUGCAUUUCGGUGGAACUGCAGAACACAAAAGGAAAACCCUAUAAACAAUCAACUUGAGACAAAAGUCAGAUGACUUAUCCAGGAACAGCAAUUAGGCUCUGCGAAGACUUUUCGUUGGCUACAGUAAAUGCCAGAACACAAUGAAAUAAACUGUUCAUCAUGCAGAGGAGAAAUGAUUGUCAACCAAGAAGCCUAUACCUCACUGAAUCAUUAUUCAAGAAUGAAGGCGAAAACACCUACUUUUUUCAGGAAACAAAGGCUGGGAAGAGUUUCCCACCCACAUGCUCUCGUUGAAGGGAUGGCUUCAGUAAGAAGGAAGUUCAGACCAGAACGAAAGCAGAGUAUGUACUAAAUUAUGGUCAGGAAAGCGAUCAGUAAACAUAUUGGUGGAUCUAAAGAAGCAUUAACUGUAAAAAAAAAAAAAAGUUAAUUUGGAGGAUUUUAAAAAUAAAGGGACUAAAAUAAUAGACGAAAUAAAACGGAAGAUGGGAGGGGAUACUUUAGACAUGCUGAAAUCUUUUUCUCGUCUUUCCUAGAGGAGGAUAGAUUCACUGAUCAGCUUUAGAAUUUGUUAACCGUUUAAAGGUAAUCAUUAAUGUAUAGAAAGAGAGAUAGAAUGCUUUGUUCAGGAGUCAAAUCCAUAGGGGGAAAGUGAAGAAUUCUUUUUUUUUUAAAUUUUAUUUAUUUAUUUAACAGAGAGAGAG